UCGCUACGGAUCAUGGCAUCAAAACAAGGGACCCAAUCAUGUCCUACCAAACCAGAAGGGCCCAAUGGUUUCGUGCACGGUCCAGGCUGCAUGUACAGUGCCUGCCAUGAACACGUUCACCGGGUUUGACCUCCAAUUUCGCCGGAUAGUAGACGCUCAGCCCAGCAGCCGCGUAUUUAUUGCCAUCACGCGCUGUGAACUCAUACCGACCUCUUCGGACGUCGUUGGCACUCUUGGACUAUAAGUACCAACAGAGCCUAUGUUUCUUCGUUCCAGAAGAUAUGGAUUGUGCAGAUCUCAUGAUACGUCUAGCCCUGCUAUGUGGUUGUGCAUGCGGUAUCUGGUUCUAUGCACUUUUACGCCUGCGCCGGCAUCCUUUGAACAAUAUACCAGGACCUCGAUCGCCGUCUUUCAUAGCAGGUAAUAUGGGCCAAUUCUUCGGCCCCCAAUCUAUAGCCUUCCAAAACGACAUCAUAAGCUCCUUCACGUCUAGUGUCGUGAGGUUAUACGGCAUAUUUGGUAGACCGGUAUUAUACGUAUACGACCCCAAGGCACUCCACACAGUACUCAUCAAGGAGGAAGAUGACUUUGAGCAAUCGGCGCGGCUCAUCAACAUGAACAAGGCCCUUGUUGGACCCGGCAUGGUUUCCACCCUGGACGCCCAACAUCGCAAACAGCGGAAGAUGCUGAACCCGGUGUUCACUACGAACCGGAUGCGCUCUCUGGUGCCUAUAUGUUACAACAUCGGAUUCACGGCGUCUGAUACUUUAGCGUCCUUGGUUGCAUCGGGGCCUCAAGAGAUGGACGUGCUCGCUUGGACUACAAGAAUCGCUUUGGAAUGCAUAGGUCAAGCUGCCCUCGGCCAUUCCUUUGAUCCUCUCGUGGAUACGAGCCGAUGUGAGCUCGGUCAGACUGCUAUGAAGCUCUUUCCAGCCAUUUCUCGUCUCCACCUAUGGGCAGAUGCAUUCCCAUAUCUCGACCGGGUCCCACCACGGAUGCGAAGAUGUCUAGCCUCUUUCUACCCUCUCCGGGUGGUCCUUGAGUUGCGCAAGCUCAUAGAUGUCGUCAUACUGCAUGGCGCACGGAUGAUCGAAGCGAAGAAGCACGCACUCAAGGAGGGUGAGCUGGGUGCAAUGGAACAGAUGGCCUGUGGAAAUGACUUCAUGAGCGUGCUCAUCAAGGCAAAUAUGGCCGCUCCUGAAGCAGACAAGCUACCGGAUGCAGAGGUGGUCGCUCAGACGGCGGUCCUCAUCGUGACGGCCACCGACACUACGUCGAACACUUUGGGUCGUAUCCUACAUCUUCUCGCCAACAAUCUACGCGCGCAACGCAGGCUGCGCGAAGAAGCCAUCGAAGCAUGGCAAGACGGUGAUAUCGCAUACGGCCGUUUACUGCAGUUACCCUUCCUUGAUGCUGUCUUCCGGGAAACCAUGCGACUAUAUGCGCCAGCGACAUGGGUAAUACGCGACGCGAGAAAAGACAUUGUGUUGCCUCUGGCGACGCCCAUUGUUGGCAAUGACGGCACGGUGAUGGAUGAGAUCCUCGUCCCGAAAGGCUGCGAGGUCAUUGUUGGCCUCAUGGGUGCGAACACCAGCAAGGCGAUCUGGGGAGAGGACGCACUGGAGUGGAAACCCGAGCGAUGGCUCAACCCUUUGCCUCCCACUGUCGCUCAAAAUACGUUUCCCGGUGUCUCUCCAAACCUCAUGUCUUUCAGCGGAGGUCGACGGGCUUGUAUUGGGUGGAAGUUCGCGGAGCUAGAGAUCAAAGCUCUGCUGUCAAUCCUCCUUCUGCGUUUGACCUUCUCGCCAGGCAGCAAGGACAUUAUCUGGAGAGCUGCGCACGCCGUCUUCCCAACAAUUCGAGAUGAUGCGACGACGCCGCAGCUUCCGCUCACAGUUGGACUAUACCACGCUACACCUCCCAAUUGAACGGAUCCGCAUUCGAUGACCUCCUUGAGGGCCACAGCGCAGUGGCCCCGAUGGUAACAUCGUGCCCGUGCCAACGGGCGUAGGGGUUAACGC